AUGCUCGUAGUUUUCGAAAAACUGACAACACAGACAAAAAUGUCAAAAUAACAAAUUUCUACCCGAAGGGCUUCUCUAAAAUAAACCGUAAAUCUAAUAAAAUCAAUUGUUACUAGUUAGCAACAUGAUUUAAAAAGUUGAUUUAGAGUGCUUUCCAGUCAUCAACAAUGCUUACCGUGCGAUAGCUUUGCUUUAUACGAUGCAUCGGUGCAGUUUGUCCUGACAGGUAGACCGAAAAGGGAAACAAAGCGAAUUAUUUGUGUUGAGUACGAUAGGGUCGUUGGAAGAUGUUUUCUAAGUCUCUGACGAGUAAGGACACGUUCCUGGAGCAGACGAAGGCGGCUCGCGAGGAGCGCGCGCUGGAGAAGAAACGGGAACAGUCGGCCGUGCAGAUACAGGCUGCCGUACGAGGCUGGCUGGCGAGACGGGCUUUCGUCAAACGUAUUCUCAAUGAUUUCGACCAGCUCCUCCCAGAGCCAGUCUCUCACGGCUCUCCAGAUGAACCCUCACAGCCAACAGAACUAAUCCCAGCACUAGAAGUGUACCGAGUAACAUGCCGACUGUUCCUCGUAUUCAAACAGCAGAGAGACCGCAAGAGAUUUGAGAAACUAUGCAAGUAUAUAGUAAACAGUUUGCACUCGGAGUCCGUGAAAACAUCCUAUGUUGGCGUCUUCUUAAAUAAAGAAUACAGUCUCCGCUGGAUAGCUCACAUCAAAGACCUCCUGUACAAAUGCUGCCUAUACCUCGAGGAGCUGAAGCCGGAGUCUCCCAUAGACAUGCAGAGCAUACUCAUCCACCUGCACACCUUGGUAGCGUUCACCGCCAACAACACUUGGGCGUUGACACGGCUGAAGAACUUUGAGAAAUUGAGAGGAGGCAUGACACAGCUGUGCGCUAAUGUUAUGGGCUCACUGUUUCAUAAGGGAUAUUAUUUGACAUUGAAGUCUCUCCUACUCCGAGGCCUAUGCCGCGAGAAGAUCUACUUGAAGAACAUAUCGCUAACCGCGAUAGUCACGCUGUCACUCAGACCGCUGGUGUCCGCUCAGUUCUCGGAGAAGCUGCUCACCAUGUAUAUCAUACAGAUACUGUCCGUGCCUACGCUUGUGUUUCAUAUGCAGCAGAUUUCACCUGAGUCCAUGUCAUCAUACCGCUCGUACUCGAUGUUCGACAAGUGCCUGGAGUUCCUGAGCACGGACCAGAACAUGCGCAUCGUGUUCAACACGCUGGAGGGCAACUACGCGCUGUGCCUGCUCGCCAACCUCGUGCAGCUCGCGCACUCCGAGCGGGACUUCGCUAUAAUCGACUCUUAUCAUCCGACCUUUGUGCUAGUCGUAACCCGCUUCCUCGACUCCUGCCAACAGUACGUUGUCUGCAAGAAGGGCAACCUCAGCAACUGGCAUCCAAUCCUCGGCUGGUUCUCCCAAAGCUUCGACACCUACCUUCCCCCGGCCAUGGGUAACUUGCGCACACAGCUGUCUCUGUUGUGGGGAGCUCCGUUGUUGAAGAAGUUGCUGGCAACACCGCUGAAGGAGAUGAUAGAUGCGGGAGUCACGGGCGAGGAGGGCGCGGGACCGUCGCAGCCGUCGACGCCGGUGCAGAGUAAUAAUCCCGCUGCUAUUAUUAGGAGGGCUAUUGAGGCUAGGACUAAUAGAUCUAAUGCAAACAAACACUACAGAAAGUUGGGCUCUCCCGACUGCACAAAGACAGCGCUCAUUUGUUCCAUGUAUCACACAGCGCUACAGACUAUGACGCAAGUCAAACUUGAUAUACUCACAGGUUUGUGCAAUCAAGACGAAAUUCUGUACUCGUUAUGGCAGUUCUUAUGCACAUUGGGACCAAAUUGUGGGCUGAAGUCCUUCCUCGAUCUCUUGGCUGUGAACACGAAGACAUCAGCGCCGGAGUUCCAGAUGUUGAUACUCUUUGCUGACUGUAUGACGCAUUAUGUUACUAUACUAGACGACAUGGAGAUGUACGAGCAACAGACGCCGUUCAAGCUGCAGGACUUUGUCAACAUGUCGCAGUUCCUCAACAUGUUCGUCUACAAGUCCAUCAUGGGACAACUGUUUGAUCUCAAAACAAUUCAAAGCAACGAGCUGUUCAGCUCCCUCCACACACUGCUGCUGGUGCUGUACCGACGCGACUGCCGCCGCUGCUACACGCCCGCCAACCACUGGCUCGUGCGCGAGAUACGCGAGGGACAGUUCAUGGCGGACCUCGAGAAGGGCAAGAAGCCUCAGCAAGUACUAGUACAAAAGACUCCUCACAUGAUAGCUCAUGGAGAACGUGUACGAUUAUUCAGACGCGCUGUUGCCGAUGAGAAGGUGGUGCUAGGCUUAACAGAGCGUGCAUGCGGCGGGCGCUCGACGCUGGUGACGGUGCGGCGAGUACGCCUCGUGGAGGACGGGUACCGGCAGCUGGCGGCGCUGCCGUCGCGCGCGCUCAAGGGCACGGUGCGCGUGCGCUUCAUCAACGAGCAGGGGCUCGACGAGGCCGGCAUCGAUCAGGAUGGCGUCUUCAAAGAAUUCUUAGAAGAAACAAUAAAGCGAGUAUUCGAUCCGUCACUGAACUUGUUCCGCGUGACGAGCGAGGAGCGUCUGUACCCGUCGCCGACGUCGUGUCUACAGGAAAACCAUCUGCAGCUGUUCGAGUUCAUUGGCAGGAUGCUCGGCAAAGCUGUUUAUGAGGGCAUAGUAGUGGACGUGCCAUUCGCGUCGUUCUUCCUCAGCCAAGUCCUGGGACAGACUCAGCAGGCGUUGUACAGCUGGAUAGACGAGCUGCCCUCACUGGACCGCGACCUGUACCGGAGUUUGACUUAUAUUAAACAUUUUCAGGGUGAUAUAUCUUCGUUAGAGCUUACAUUUUCUGUGGACGAAGAGAGACUGGGAGAAAUCGUUACUCACGAGCUUGUCCCGGGUGGAAAGGCAGUGCCAGUUACAAAUGAAAACAAAAUAAACUACAUACACCUGAUGGCCCACUUCAGAAUGCACACGCAGAUCAAAGACCAGACGAAUGCUUUCAUCAAAGGUUUUAGAACAAUUAUCAACCCUGAAUGGUUGUCACUCUUCUCUACGCCGGAGCUUCAACGUCUAAUAAGCGGCGACAACGUGCCACUAGACUUACGCGACUUGCGGCGUCACACUCAGUACUACGGCGGCUUCCACGACUCGCACCGCGUGGUGUGCUGGCUGUGGGACGUGCUGCAGCGCGACUUCAGCGAGCACGAGCGAGCCAUGUUCCUUAAGUUCGUGACUUCAUGCUCCAAACCGCCAGUGCUUGGGUUCGCGCAUCUCAAGCCGCCAUUCUCUAUACGAUGCGUUGAAGUCGGCGACGAUGAGGAUACCGGUGACACCAUAGGUAGUGUAAUCCGCGGUUUUUUCACAAUAAGAAAGAAAGAUCCGCUGAACCGUCUCCCGACGUCGUCUACCUGUUUCAACCUUCUCAAGCUGCCAAACUACCAGAAACGAAGUACCCUUCGGGACAAACUACGAUAUGCCGUCAACAGCAACACUGGAUUCGAACUGUCCUAAUCAGAGAACACUAAAUCAAUGGAAAUCAACAUGUUACGCAAACCUUCAUGGUCAAAUUCGAACCAUAAAUCGAAUAUUCCAAAUUCAAAAGAAAUGUGUCCUCAGUGACUGUAGUCAUUAUUUACCAAAUCGCAGGGUAGGAGAUUUUUUAUGAGCAAAGACUCGACUUUAUAAUGCCAGUGAUAAUGUAUAGAAGUGCGAUUCCUUUUAUUCACCAAAAAAUGAGAAGCUGGUCUUCUUUGUCUAUGCCAAGAUGGCGCGUUUCUAAGCGGGUACAAAAUAUUAAAUACUCAUACUAUUGUUAAUAUUUGCACGGUUUGUGGCAAUUUUAAACGAUGUUUUGGUCUCACUAAGUUUUCAAUGUGAAUGCACUGCACUAUUUUCACAAGUCACCUUUUAUAAUUAUAUCCAAGUAUAGGAGACGGCGAAUGCGAGAGAUUCUAUAUUUUGUAUAUUGUAUGAACUGCAAUGUAUAAUUCUAACUUUCUAGAACAUUCGGCAAACGAAGGAGUCCAAACAAAGCGACUUAGAAUCCAAUAAAGUCAAAGAGAUUCAUGGUAUUGUUGGAAAAGAGGUUGAGUAUGAAUAUUUGGAUUAAUUAAAACUUAAAACAACCUACUUAAUCUUGAAGUAGCGGAACUGAAAUACACCCAUAUCUAAUUUAACGACGAUCUCAAAAAUUAUUUGCGUAAGUUAACGUCUGCAAAUAAGUACAUGAAAAGACCCAUUAUGUAAAUUGGAGUUUGUAUAUUGUAAUGUGUGAAAUUGUGUUGCAUAUUCAUUAGGUUAAGCUUUUGAAAAAUUAUGUGUAACGACUGUACGAUUUAUCAUACGAUUUGUUUAUCCUCUUAUAGGCCAGUAACUUAAUUUAACUAGCAUGUGUAGCACGAUUUUGUAAUGUUUCAUACAUAACAACAUGAAGUAAGUUAUUAGGCCAGUUUGUCACGGGUUUAUUUGCUCGUAGUAACGCAGAUUAGGCCUAACGCGACCGUGUGUCAAACGCGUGUAUUCGAAGCCUACAUCACUGAUACGAAUUAUUUAUAACAUAUUGUAUGUAGAACGAAUGUACGUCUGUAAUCUAGAUCUCGUCAUUUUAGCGUGUACAGGCAGCGACAAAAUACUGAACUAUAACUUAAGAAUAUACCAAAUAUUUCGAUAGACUGCUUUUCAUGAUCCCAUUAUUUUAUAUGGUUCAUCUAUGACUAAAAAUAAGUUCAAACAAAAUUUUGUGUUAAGUUUCUUUUGUCGCUGUCUGUACCAUAUUCACGGUGUAAGUUGGUGAAAUUGGUAUCUAAAAUGAAUUCUAAAUAAUCCAGUCCAAUGUAUAAAUAGGUGUAUAUAGACAAUAACGUAUUACUUAACUUUUACUAAUAUUGACUUUUAUUUACUUUUUUAUGUACAGUUAAUUAUGUUGGGCUAUUUAAAGAACAUUUAAAUUGAAACUUGAACUCAUCAAUAUUUCAAAGCUUUUUUUUGUUAUAGUACAUACACAAUACAAGUUGAAGCUAAAGUAUAUAAAUAAUGCAAGUCAUCGGUAACGAAAUUAAUUUUAUUCAAAGUAAAUAACAUGAGCAGCCAUAUUGUAUGUACACAGGACUGUACAAAGUUUUAUAUUGUUAUAGAAAAUCUUAAUGUAACUUAUUUCGUGUCAAUAUUAUCCUCACUUUAGUAUUGCACUUAUUAUAUUUUAUAUCAUCAUAUUUUUACAAUUAAGGUCUCCAUAGCUAUUGAUAUACUUUGCAAUAUUAUCUUAAGGUUUGUGCCCCUGUGUUGUAAUUUUUGUCUGUAGUCUAUAACAGCAUAUUUUAUUGUAUAAAAUUUUUAUUUCGUUGUUAAUUUAGUGCAAUUACUUUGAAACGAGUUUAUCAACAUUAUUAAAGUAAAGCAACUGCAGAACUGUAUUAAUGGCUAAAUAGUCUAUGGGGCCACAGGACCUGUUGCAAUAAAAUUGGAUAUACAUCCGGGAUAAUAUUUAUCCUUAAACAUCAAAUUCGAUAAGGUGUAUAAAAUAACAUCUAUAAAAUUUAUUCUGCAGUUGGUUAACUAACUGUUGAACAAAGAUAAGUAUUUUGUAGUAGUGUUUCCAUUUUAAUUGAAAACUUUUAAGUAUUUUACUAAUAUAUGCAUAGACAAGGAUCAUUGUAAGGGAUAUUUUGUACUAGCCACGUAAAUAUGUUGUAUAACACAAUGUGAUUCUCUGUGAUAAAAUAAUUGAUAUUUAUUA